AUAUGCACCGACCCAAUCCUCCUUCCGUCAUCGCCAUCGUACUUUAUUAGCGUAUAUUCAGACUUUUGGGAAUCGAAAAGGGAGCGUGGCAACGGUCUUUAUAAUUACAAGCACAUCAUCAUUGUGAUUUUCACGAGAAAAAGUCCACACCUCUGCUCUGCCCUUCUCUCUCUACCUAUAGAUACACAUGUCAAUCUGUAAUUAUAUAUGUGCUGUUGCAUGCCGAGAGUUAGUGGAGCAAGAAGAAAGCGCAGUAUGAAUAUGCUUAUAGGAAAAUGGUGCUGAUUCAAUCUGAGCUGCCCUUUUUAUGCCGUAAACGCAAAACUAAUGGCAGACGCCCUGGAUAGCUUGAUGAUUAUCAGACCUUCUAAGAAAAAACCCCUGGUAUUGAGGAUGGUGGUUUUGAUUAUCGCAGUGGCAUCUAGUAUUUACAUAUGCUCAAUCUGUCUUAGGCAAAUUGGUGGACGUUCAGCUGGAAGUUCUUCUCCGAGUAUUCGAGUCGUACAGAUGUCGUGUGAAGAAGCCAAUGAUCAUAUCCUCCCUUCUGAGAAGCCUUAUGUUCAUUUCCCCAAACCAAACACUUUCAGCAGGGAGGAAUGUGCGUGCAAUCCUGUUCGAUACUUUGCAAUUCUGUCCACUCAGAGGUCUGGGAGCGGGUGGUUUGAGACGCUGUUGAACAGCCAUGUCAACAUAAGCUCCAACGGGGAGAUAUUCUCAGUGAAGGUCCGGAGGAGUAACAUAUCGACAAUUCUAGAGACUUUGGACCGAGUUUAUAAUCUUGACUGGCAUUCGAGUGCAUCAAAGAAUGAAUGUACAGCUGCUGUUGGGCUCAAGUGGAUGCUCAACCAGGGAUUGAUGCAGCAUCAUGAAGAAAUAGCUGACUACUUCAACUCCAAAGGUGUCUCAACAAUUUUUCUUUUCAGGAGGAAUUUCUUACGUCGUAUGGUUUCCAUACUUGGAAAUUCAUAUGACCAGAAAGCCAAGCCUCUGAAUGGGACACAUAAAUCUCAUGUGCACUCGACCCAGGAGGCUGAGAUACUGGCUAGAUACAAACCAACUAUAGAUACAAAGCUGCUUAUACCUGAUCUCGAGCAAGUGGAAGACCUGGUUACGAGAUCAUUGCAGUAUUUUAACAGCACUCGACAUAUAAUCCUCUACUACGAGAACAUAAGAAACAACCAAACAAAACUGGUGGAUGUUCAAGAGUUCUUGAAGGUUCCACAACGAAACCUAAGUAGUCGACAAGUGAAGAUACACAAAGGAGCUUUAUCCUCUCAGAUUGAAAACUGGGAGGAGGUUGAGAGGACAUUGAAGGGAACGCGUUAUGAACAUUUCCUAGAAGACGAUUACAAGGUAGAUAUGUAAUGUGAGGUGCAAUGUAUGAAUGUAUAGCGCGUUUAGCUUAGCUUUAUUUAUUUGUUGAUUGAUUCAGAUAGGCAUAUAAUAUAAGGUAGCACCAGGGCUUCUCCCAUUGACAAAAUUUUGGC